AUGAAAUGUGUGACGGUUGAGUUUAACAGUUACGCCGUUGUGUACGACGGGUGGACCCCAGAGGAACUGCACCAGCUUGCCCCCCACACGGAUGUCCUCGCGCCCGCGCAGGGGGCGCUUGAACUUGACGAGUCCGUCGUUGUACGUCCCCGCCUGUCGAUGAUACAUGCUACACUCGAGACGCUGCGCUGUUUUUGGGAUCCGCACCCACCACCGCAAUUGUCAGGCGCUGAAGUGCUGCGUGCUUGCUUCACCUGCUGUAUGCAGAGUUCACAGAAAAGUAUAGGGUCCUUUCGUGGCCACCCCGACGACGUCGCCUGUCUGCAGGGUCUCUGGCUCCGUUUUGUCUCUAAUUUUCCUCACCGGAAGUACACAUUAGAGCGGACAGCGAGGCAGCUGGAAAUCCUUCUUGAUGCCAUGCGCGUUAGCUUUCCGUAUCUCUUGAUCCCGGCUGGCAGUGGAGCCAGUGUUCAUACUGCUCGAGGCCUACUUGACUUUGUUAAAACUCAUGCAGAAGCAGUGGCUGCCUACCUUCCAUUACUUUACUUCCUCUACGAGGUAGAUGAGAGGAGUGUCGUGAAUUUCUUUGAUACACUAGAGGAGCAUGUGCGGCGGCGGCGCGAGGCAAACGAGUGCAAUCUCCUUAAUGCACGAAAGCAAACGAGGUCGUCGUGGUUUCGCUGGGGGACCUCGAAGUUGGUUCCACAGGAAGAGUCUUUUUCUGACGACGUGCUUUUUAUGGAAACGCACGCGGCCCGACUGCCUGAUUCUUUCAAGGUGAGGUUUCUAUUUGCCCGGUCAAGGAAGGAGGCGUUAGCACUUGCCAGCAGCGCCGCCGUGCGCCUCCGCGACGCCUUGCUAGAUGACAUUGAGGCCUUCGAGAUUGCCGUGGAGUUCUUUGGGAGGUCUAGUGGAAAGUUGCUGAAGCACGGCUGCUCGGGCUGGGCUUUGGACCCUCCGCAGGAGCAGCACCAGGCCUUUUCGACGAACGCCUCUGAGGAUGAGAAACUGAAAAGGGGAAUAACGGAGUUUAUGAACGUUGCAAGUGUGCUGCAGGGACAGAUCUUUGGCCCCACGUUUAAUGUCCUGGUGGAUGCUUUCAGGGCGAGUGAGUUCAACAUAGAAACACAGUUCUGCUACCUGCAGUCUCUGCUGAAGUGUGCCAAGACAGUUGUGCAAAACGAACCAUUUAUCACUGGGCCGAAGGUGUUUUCGAAGGGCCGUCAGGGAGCUCAGGACUCCAUACGCCUCAGCCAGGCGAGCGAGUGUUACGGAAGGGUGCGUCAGAGCUUCCGUACCUUCAAGCUGCACCUGGAAGAGGAGAUGGCGCUGUCGGAGAACGCCAUACGUCGAUCCCUCGUGCUGUGCUGCACUCACUGCCUUCACGCCUUUACAAUCUUCUACGACGUGUUUGACGCGCGGCGUCACAUUCGCCUUAUUCCGUCCGAUGAAAGGCGAGAUGCUUCCAUGCAUCCUCUACUGCAGCUUUUCGACAUGGCCGGAGAAUAG